AUGCGAUUCGCCUUUUCCAACUGCAAGUUGCCUACAAUUGGCCACAGCUACGGCGUCACUCGUGAAUACCCGUACAAAUGGUUUACACCACUUGCUCUAGUCGGAGGUGCUCUAUCCACAAUUUUGUUCUCGUCAUUCAAUUACUUUGGCAAUGCGUAUGCCAUGAUCGCCACGACUACUAUGGAUCCAAGCUUGGUAGAAGCCGAUCGGUGGCCUGCUCUCAUUCCAGGAUUUCUCACCAGCAGGAUCCAGCCGGCGUGUGAAGAUACGACUAUCCCUGUGGGAGCCUCUAUCAUCACCAAUCAGACUGCGUUCUCAUAUCAGCUUAACGAUGUCAAGGGGAAUGAUUCGAGGACUUUGCCGGCUUUGUUGUAUCGUAAUGAGCCCCUGGGGUCCUGCCAUACCUCCAGUGUCCUGGUUGAGUUCCAGACAUGGCAGGACCGCUCAGCUCCGGCCAUCGAUACAUCAGCAUGGAGUCUCAAAGUCAAACUUUUCACCGAAUGCAACAUCACCCGAACAUCAGGAGAAAGCUCGAGCGCUCAAUUGAUAGCGAAGUUCGACCCCUUGGAUGGCAAUAUGUUGGUCCCGAAGCCUGGAGUUGGAUAUCUCAUGUCUACUGGCGCACUCUUCUACUGGGCACAAUCUCUCAUGGUUGCCUUUUCCAUGGACACUUUGACAAAGCUCAAAAGCCUGACUGCUCAAGAGUCGCAUGAAGAUCAAACAAUGACGCGCUACAACAUCUCCAGUGGAUAUUGUUGGCUCCACCGUAGCGAAGAAAAAGACAUCACAUCUUCUUCCUUCUUCAGCACUUCCGACUGGGUCUUUUUCAACUUUGCAAAUUCCAGCAUGAGGAAAUUCAAAGUUGAUCAACCUCGAUCCUCCCUUACUUCCCUGUCCCCUUCUGCAGGGUCACGAAAACCAUAG